AUGUUGUGUCACUCUCAUUCUUUAAACCUCAACCAUUGCCGCAAGAAUAAUUAAUACAUAAAGUUACACUGACUGUCCACUCUCACCUCUGUUACUCCUCUCUUCCCGCCUCUCUCCGCGCGCCGCCGUUCUCUCAUCUCCGCCGCGCCUCUCUUUGCUUCAAUCGAGGUUAUUUCUACAAUCCCUGCAACACACUCAAGAGGGAAUAUUAUUUGUGAGGAAAUGUCGUCAUCGUCAUCGGUUGAAUCACUUGUUCUUAAACUCCAUGAGAUAUCAGCUGUCAAAUUCGGAAACUUCAAGCUCAAAUCUGGCAUCUCCUCACCAAUCUACAUUGACUUACGUCUCAUUAUAUCUUAUCCUUCUCUCCUCCAGCAAAUCUCUCAGACCCUAAUUUCCUCUGUUUCUUCCGCUUCCUUUGAGCUUGUAUGUGGUGUCCCUUACACCGCCUUACCCAUUGCAACAUGUGUCUCUCUUGCUCAGAACCUCCCUAUGGUAAUGCGUCGUAAGGAAGUCAAAGACUACGGCACUGCUAAAGCCAUUGAAGGUGAUUUCAAGUCUGGCCAAAGUUGCUUAAUCAUUGAGGAUUUGGUUACCAGUGGAACUUCAGUUUUGGAAACAGCUGCACCUCUACGUUCUGUGGGGUUGAAGAUCACUGAUGCUGUUGUCUUGAUCGAUAGAGAGCAAGGUGGGCGAGAAAAUUUGGAGGAGAAUGGCAUCAAGCUGCAUGCAAUUAUUAAAUUGACUGAAAUGGUGAAAAUUUUGAGGGAUCAUGGAAGACUUGAUGACGAGAUGGUUGGAGUCGUCACAAGAUUCUUAGAUGAGAAUCGGAAGGUUGCAGCUGUGGCAAAGGUUGAGAAGCCAAUUGCUAAGGUCAAGUCUUUGUCAUUUGGGGAGAGGGCUAAGCUUUCCAAGAAUCCAACAGGAAAGAGGUUGUUUGAGAUAAUGGCUAAGAAGGAGAGUAAUCUGUGUUUGGCUGCAGAUGUUGGAACUGCAGCUGAAUUGCUUCAAAUUGCUGAGAAGGUUGGACCUGAGAUAUGCUUGCUGAAGACUCAUGUGGAUAUUUUGCCAGAUUUUACUCCUGAUUUUGGCUCUAAGCUUCUCUCGAUUGCAGAAAAACAUAACUUCUUAAUCUUUGAGGAUCGUAAAUUUGCUGACAUUGGUAACACAGUGACCAUGCAAUAUGAAGGAGGGAUCUUUCACAUAUUGGAUUGGGCUCACAUAGUAAAUGCUCACAUUAUCUCUGGUCCUGGAAUCGUGGAUGGACUAAAAUUGAAGGGUUUGCCUCGUGGUAGGGGACUGUUGCUGCUUGCUGAAAUGAGUUCAGCCGGCAACCUUGCCAAGGGAGAUUAUACCGCUGCUGCAUUGAAAAUUGCUGAGGAGCAUUCCGACUUUGUAAUUGGCUUCAUCUCCGUUAAUCCUGCAUCAUGGCCAGGGGCACCCAUAAAUCCUUCUUUCAUUCAGGCAACUCCUGGAGUUCAAAUGGUGACUGGUGGUGAUGGAUUAGGGCAACAAUAUAACACUCCACAUUCUGUCGUUCAUGAUAGGGGAAGUGACAUUAUCAUCGUGGGACGUGGCAUUAUCAAGGCAGCAAAUCCUGCUGAGGCAGCUCAUGAAUACCGUCUACAAGGAUGGAACGCAUAUUUGGCCAAAUCUGCUUAAGGGGCCUGCAUUUGAAGAAUAAAAAGAUGAGUUGAAAUCAUGUUUUUGUGUGACAUUUAAUCUAAUUUAACUCUAACCCAGAGGAAGGCCUUUGGUACAUUAUAAUUUUGAAAGAUUUUUAAGUUAGUAACUUAAAUUGGAAGUGGCUUUUUUUUGUUCUCGGUA